CCUGUGCGAGUUUUAAAAACAUGUCUCAGAACAGAGUAACAUAGUAAACAGGAGUAUAAACUUCUGCAUAUGUAAUAUUAGAAAAAAAAAAUUGAGGUUAAUAGAGAAGAAAAAAUAUAUAUAGCUAUAUAGCGUAUGAGCACGCGAGGUCGACUUAUUUCUUUAAUGUAACGUUAGCUAGCUAGCUAGCAUGGUUAGAUAGGCUUGUAGUAGUGUACAGCUAGCUUGCUAGUUUUGUUGACUUCUCCUCAUUGACAGCUGACGCUGAAUGGCGCUAUGGCGUUAAUUUGUGCUCGUGCUGGAGCUCGAGCUCGUGUUCGACCCGGAGUUGUUCUGAGCUGCCGUUUAUUUUCCUCCGUAGCGACAAGCAGAGACAGAGAAGCCCGCGACGAGGUGCCGCUGUUCCGGUAUGUAGGAGAGCGCAGGAAGCCCACUGAUAAAGUGUUCGUGUGGGGCUUCAGCUACACAGGAGCCCUCGGCAUUCCCAGCUUUGUGGUUCCCGACAGCGGCAGGAAAAACCCCCGAAAAUACCAACUGACCCCUUACCGCCUGGAUACAGAGCAAAAGAUCUCUUCAGCAGCCUGUGGUUAUGGCUUCACAUUACUGGCAUCGAAUACCAAAGACAUCACAAAAGUGUGGGGUAUGGGCCUUAACAAAGACUCCCAGCUGGGCUUCCAACGCACCCAACACGACCGGCAUAAAAGUUAUGAAUAUGUGCUGGAGCCGUCCCCUGUGUCUCUGCCGCUGGCGAACCCUCAGGAGACGCGUGUCCUCCAGGUGUCCUGUGGUCGAGCUCACUCUUUAGUGCUCACAGACUCUGAAGGAGUGUUCAGCAUGGGUAAUAAUGCCUAUGGCCAGUGUGGAAGGAAAAUCAUUGAGGAUGAAGUUUACAGUGGCAGCCAUCUUGUCCACAAGAUAGAGGGAUUUGAUAGUCGAGUUACUCAGGUGGUGUGUGGGCAGGACCACAGUUUAUUCCUGACUGAAACAGGCUCUGUGUAUGCCUGUGGCUGGGGGGCGGAUGGACAGACAGGUCUGGGCCAUCACAACAAGGCUGCAUUGCCUGUCCGAGUUGGUGGUGAUCUGGAAGGGGUCAAAGUUCAGCAGGUGAGCACGUAUGGAGAUUGCAGCCUGGCUGUAUCCACAGAGGGUCACGUCUUUGGCUGGGGCAACUCGGAGUACCUGCAACUCGCCUCGGUCACAGAGACCACACAGAUCAGCUCUCCACGGCUGCUUCCUCUGAAAGGAGUAGGUAAGGUGACGCAGGCGGCGUGUGGCGGAACUCAGGUCGCCAUACUCAACGAGGGUGGAGAAGUGUUUGUGUGGGGCUAUGGAAUCCUGGGAAAAGGGCCUAAUCUGGCUGAGUCAGAGAUCCCAGAGAAGGUGCCAGCAACGCUUUUUGGGAAGUCAGAGUUCAACCCGACGGUAAAAGUGUCUCACAUCCGCUGCGGGCUCAGCCACUUUGCAGCCAUCACAGAUCGUGGCGAACUGUUCGUCUGGGGUAAGAAUGUGCGAGGAUGUCUUGGCAUCGGGAAACGUGAUGACCAGUAUUUUCCAUGGCGGGUGACUGUACCAGGUCAUGUGGUGGACGUGGCAUGUGGCGUGGAUCAUAUGGUGGCGCUGGUCAAGUCUCUCAUAUGAGCUCAAGCUGUGUUGGACUUCACACUGCUUCCUUUUCUCAAGCUACCGAGCUCCAGGUUGAGGACUGGAGCUUGAAGCUCCUAAAUCGUGGCUUCUGAACCUUUUCCUGAGCACUCCUCAAGGAAGAGUGUAUUUAAUGUGAGUAGGACAUGCAACACCUUGUGCAUAUGAAAAACUGACAUCUGGAAAUCCAUGCACAUACAGUAAUUGACUAUUCAAUACCGGGCCCUGAUCUGUGACGUUAAGCUGCAUCCACGUGAGCAUCACCGACCCUAAGAUCUAAAACCAAGCUGGAAUAUUGACCUUUUUUUCUUUUUUACUCCAUUUAUUAUUUCAUUUUGGAGCGAUACAUUUUUUAAAAAAAGGGUCUAGUAUGUAAAGAUCCAUGAAUGUGAUGUGAGUGACGCAAGUCUCUUGUGUCAAUGCAGAGAAACCCAACAUCUGUUUCACUUGGCUUCCUUGUACAAUGACUCAAGUCUGUUCUGUAAUAAACUUGUCUUAACAUCGUUAAACAUAACUGAGAAGCAGAGAAGUAGCCAACUGUGCAUCCAAGCAAAGCUGAUAUUAAAGAUGCGGUCAGCGAUUUAAGUUUCGCUUCUCCUUGUAUUUUGAGAGCUGGCAGUAAAAUAUCGGAGAAAAACCUCCAGGCUGUGUGUAACAAGAUUGAGAAAAAAAAAAAAACAAAAACAAUGAAUAAUAGACCACCAACAUUCAAACAAUGAGAACAAGGAGGCAUCUCUACUCUCGAUCCUUCAGAAAGCUCCCUAAAUCACGCUAGCAUAGGUGUUCUAGAGAGCAGUUUUCAAAGGAACGCUAAGGGAAAAGGUCUAUAUUUGUUAAACGUAAUGUUAGCGAAGUUCCUCCCUAUAACAUUCAUUUGGCAAUUUGACCUCAGUACACUAUAGGUAGCAAUAUCCUCUUUUAAAAUGUAGUAAAAUGAUCAAAACAACAGAAAAUGGUUGUUUAACUGUUCUUGUCCACACACAACCAUUGCAUUAUCUGAAACAUGAAGCAACUUAGCUGAGAAGGCUUAGCGCCUCUCACUUCAAUCACACCAUGCCAUAUAAUCCCUGAAAAGCUUGUUUCCUGAUACGUGUCAUUACGAUACACGUCCGUGUCCUUUAUAAACCACACUGGAUUGUUAAAACUGUUUUUCUUCAAAUAUAUUUUAGAAAAAAUCUCUAGAUGACCUACAUUCAUGAAAUUUUACAUGUUCAUUCCCAUCCCUCAUCAGAAGGAUAGCGUGAUAUCGUAUCGUCCAUGACACACCGGUACAAUUCCUCCCCACGAUAAGAAUUUGUCAUCCCGCGAUACUGACAAUAUAGUUGAUGACGUGUUGACGUGCCGCAACAUGGGCAUCUCACGUGUAGAACGUGACCAAGCAUGGCAGAAAGCUUCAACCCUAGAGUUCCAACCCUAGAUAAGGAAAGAGAAUUAAUCCCCCCCAAAAAAAAGAGCUUCCACCAUAAUAUUGAGGUGGGAUACAGAAGAUCUGUGAUUUGUAAAGUGUGUCAAAACCCCGUAUCAACAAAGGGUGGAAACUCAAAUUUGUUCCACCACCUCAAGCAAAAACACUGAACAAUAUAUGAGGAAAGCCAGGAGAUAGUGUUGAACAUUACUGUUUUCAUAUCGUCAUUUAUACCGUUACCCCAAAAAAUACCAUGAAGUAUCGUGAUAUAGUUUUAAGUCUAUAUCGCCCGUCCUUAUUGUAGUGUCUUUCCUUUAACGCUCAGCAUAAAAAGGUUCAUUAUAAAAUGGCAGAAUUUACAUCCUUGCUUUAUUUGUUCGGAUAAGAACAGCAGCACCAUUAAUGAAGCUGUAGGAGGAAAGCAUGUCCAGAUUUUCUGAAGCUAAGGUAAACUAUUCAGCACAAAUGGAAGUGCAUUUACUGAAUGUUUGUGCUCACGGAGUAAAAAACUGGGCCAUAUGGAGAACACUGCAGAUGGAGCGGAUGCAACCUCGUAUACUAAAUAAGCAAACCGGCUCUAUACUGCACCGCUGGUGACUGCAGGACAAUGUCAAACUGCACCGUUUCCUAAUGCAAACACAUCUGAACCUGAAAUGUACUAAUGCAGAUCGAAAACAAAACACGCUUCACAGAACGGUCCUUUAUAAAUUCCCUUAUAAAAGAGGCAUAAAACUUUGAGCGUAUCAGGACAGCCAUCUGCACUGGAUCGUGUGAUCGCCGCCAUCUUGAUAGAUUGCUGGUGAGAGUGAAUUAAGGAGAAAAACCAGCGUGACACGAAUCUCGCAGUUGGCUGGCACUCCUCCAUUUCUAUGGCAACUCUGAACUCCAUGGAAAGGAAAAAUAAAAGCUCGAGCUGGGGAACGUGAAAAGCAGGCCAGGACAAUUCAUCACAAACACUCCAAGCUGGAAAAAUAGCGUUUUCAUUUCUUUAAUGGUCAGAGAAGAAAUAGGUCACCCUUUUAUUUUUUAACACUGAUAAAUACAUGGUUUCUGCUAAUCAGAUCUAACAGGAAAAAAAAAGAAAAAAAAAAAAGAAAAAGCCUGUGGGAAAAAAAACAUCCAUUCGU